AGUUUCUUUUUUUCUUUUCAACUUUCAACUUGAAACCAGGUUCAUCAUAUAGUUCAUCACCGCAGUUCAUCCUCCAAUCCCCCCCUCAAAAUGUCCGACGCCCAAGCCGCCCAAGUUACAGAGAAUGGCGUGCCUCCGGCUGCGCAAGAGUAUGUCAUCGAAGAAGCUCCCCCAUUCAAAGUCUUCGCUGGCAAUCUUGCGUACUCUACAACGGAUGAAGGGCUCAAGACUUUCUUUGCCCCCGUACAGAGCGACAUCAUCACAGCCCAGGUAAUCCUGCGAGGUCCCAGAUCCGCAGGUUAUGGCUUUGUCGCAAUGUCCUCCGCAGAGGCUGCCCAAAGAGCUGUUGACCUCCUCAAUUCACAGGAGCUCGACGGCCGCAAAGUAAUCGUCGAGAUUGCUAAGCCAGCAGACCAAAAGGACAAAGAAAAGAAGGAGAAAAAGGCCAAGAGGAGACCCAACAGGCGCGGUGCCAAGGCCGUACCUGGUGAGGUCACCGACGCUGAGGCAAACGGCGAAGUCAAGGCGGAGGAUGCCGCUGCCCCUACUGCUGCUCCGGGCACUGACGAAGCAGCUAAGCCCAAGAGAAAAAAGAAAAAGAACAACCGCAAGUCCAGCCGUAGGUCUGCUCCUCUGGAAGGUGACAACCUACACGAGGAGGCUGGUUUCGAAGCUCCUGCCACAGAGGAUGCCUCUGAAGAAGCCGCACCUGCCCCCAGGAGACCUCGCGUCAGGAAGCCCAGGGUCCCUCGCCCAACCCGCGCUGUCGGUGAAGACCCCGUCGGCGAGCCCUCAAAGACCACCCUGUUUGUCGCAAACCUCGGCUUCAGCGUAGACGAUGAGACCCUCUCUGCGCUCUUUACCGAAUCUGGCGUCAAUGUCGUUUCCGCCCGCGUUGUUCGCCGCAGGUGGGGAACGCCUAGGAGGAGCAAGGGUUACGGCUUUGUCGAUGUUGGCAGUGAGGAGGAACAGCUCAAGGCAAUCGAGGUUGUUCAGGGCAAGGAAGUCGGCGGCCGUCCUCUCGCUGUCAAAAUCGCUGUCAACUCUGCCCGUCAAGAAGUGGCCGACGAAGCCGAGUACACUGCCUGAUCGCAUCAUCCGCUUAAUACAUGAUCCCGGUCCCAUAUCCCCUUGACUUUCUUAACUUAACGCACCGGUGCAAGUUCAUCGUGACUUAGUAUUGUUCAUCUCGCGCCAUGAUUUUUUUAGCGUUUGUUUCCCAGUCAAGUCAUGCUUUCAUUCUGGCGGUUUGGUGUCCUUUUUUCUUUCAUCGAACUUUGUAGAGUCGCUUUGGGGUCAAUAUUUGCGAUGUCUACUUAGUAGGACUACGAAAGUUUUUCCAUGGCUAUUGAUGGUGAUAAACCCCCUGCUCAAAA